AUGGCCUGCUGUCGCCUCGCCCACCCCAAGGCUGCCGCGACGCACCGACCGGCGAACACGGUUAAAAGGGAGGAAAGCGCGGCUCCUUUCGGAGCCCCUGCUGCUGCGGAUGCAACCACUACAGGUGGCGGUAUGCUUACAAAUCGACAGGAUUUGCGCCCAUCAGGAUUUGCUGCCAAACUUAGGAAGCAGCUUGCACGUACCUUCUUGGCUUGUGGCUUUGAUGGUUCGAAAAAAGAGGUGAAGGAUUCUACUAGCACAACAAAGUUCAGUGAUGUCAAGGGAGUGGAUGACGCGAAAGCCGAACUCGAGGACAUAGUACUAUGUCUGCGGGAGCCCAAGCGUUUCGCACACCUCGGCGGCAAGCUUCCAAGAGGUGUCCUGCUAGUCGGCGGGCCUGGCGUGGGGAAGACAAUGCUGGCAAGGGCGAUGGCCGGGGAAGCCGGCGUCCCGUUCUUCAAGUGCAGAGGCAGCAAAUUCGAGGAGAAUCAUGUGGGUGCUGGGGCUAAAAGGGUGAGGGAGCUCUUCACUACUGCAAAGAAGCGAUCUCCUUGCAUAGUGUUCAUCGAUGAGAUUGAUGCCAUUGCUGGGAGCAGGAGCUCACAAGAUUCAAAGUCGCAUAGACACACCGUUAAUCAGCUGCUCGUCGAGCUAGAUGGCUUGGAGCAGAAUGACGGGAUGAUUGUGGUCGCUGCAACCAACAACCUCGAUUCACUAGAUCAAGCCCUUGUUAGGUCUGGGCGUUUCGACCGUCACAUUCAGAUUCAUUAUCCAAAUGUUGAGGGCCGACGACAGAUCCUCGAGGCUCAUAUGUCAAAGGUGUUGAAAGCCCAGGACGUGGAUCUUCUGACCAUCGCGAAGAGGACAUCUGGGCUCUCAGGAGCGAACCUGGCAAACCUGGUGAACGACGCCGUUCUCAAGGCUGCCAAGGACGGGGCAGAAGCUGUUGCGACGCAUCACCUGGAGUAUGCCACGGACAGGAUUCUAGUGGGCGGUGAGCGCAGAUCGGUGGCGAUGCCUGAUAACUGCAAGAGGAUGACCACGUACCAUGAGGCAGGGCACGCCAUCGUUGCUAUCCACACGGAUGGCGCUGAUCCCGUCCACAAGGCUACCAUUGUUCCCAGGGGUGAUUUUCUCGGCAUGGUGUGGCAGCUGCCGGAGGAGGCCGAUGAGUUUAUAUAUUCAAAGAAGAAGAUGCUCGCAGGACUAGAUGUUCUCAUGGGAGGCCGGGCGGCUGAGGAGGUUAUCUUUGGUGAGAGCGAGGUGAGCUCCCUUGCCCUGACUGACCUGGGCGAGGCGACCCAGCUGGCGACGGACAUGGUUGCCAGGUAUGGCAUGAGCAAGCAGGUCGGCCCUGUCUCCUACGACAACAACGACGGCAGUUGGAACGCCAAGACCAUGAGCUGGAACUCGACAACCAUGGUGGACCAGGAGGUGAAAGAGUUGUUGAGCAAGGCUUACAAGAACGCAAAGACGAUCCUCGCGGCGAACAAGCGGGAGCUCCAUGCGCUCGCUGUCGCCCUCCUGGAGCACGAGACCCUAACCGGAGACCAGAUCACGGCGCUCCUGAAUGAAACUCUCGCCAAAGACCAGACCGUGAAACCGGCAUCCGCUGGCCGCAAGAGGACGAAGAAGAAGUAA